AUGGUGGCGCACAAAUGGCAUAACGAGCCGGUUUAUAAGAACAAAACUUGGUCAGAUUUUACCCAUAUCCCUCUUAACGAAAUUAAUAAAUUAGAAAUCGCAUUUAUUGAAUCUUUAAAUUACAAGAUUCAUAUUGGUGGGGAUAAAUAUACUUUUUGGUUAAAAUGUUUGACGGAAUAUGUUAAGACGGGAAAGCUCGCUUCACUAUUUGUUGAACGAUUCAACAAAAACUUCUCUCGAUCACCUCCACCACCACCAGGCUUUGGUUUUGCUUUAAAAUCGAGAAUAAUUCCUACUCCUAUAGAAUAA